UUCUUUGGCCCUACCAUGGCAGUUGUUUCAAUUUUGCCGGGUCAACGGCCGGAUAACAUUAAGGUGACCUUAAUAAAUCUACCAAAAUAUUCGGUAUUAAAUCUUCCCUGCGCUGGGGUUCGAUAUCGCUAUCGAUAUGCCGUCCACAACACCACACUAACAAUGAGCAACUUAAACCGAAACAAGAGCAUUGGCAGUGGAAAAACAAUGGACUCAUGGGAAAACGGAUUCAUGGAGGCGGACUCCAUUAGCUGGAACCACGGAAUAUCAAUGAGGAUUACCUUCUUAAGCGCCCAACGAGGGAAACCGCCCACGGAAUCUGGUCGAACAACUCCACCCAUCCACUCUCAAUCCUUCGGCGCUCAUCUGCUUUCUGCUGACAAGAGCGGCCAUCAUACCACGAAAUGCAACGUUUGCUCACAUUAUCAGAGCAAAGGACAUCGUGCUGCAUCUCAACCGCAACCAAAAAGGUUUGUCGUCCGACACCUCUUGGAAGUUGAAUGCAGAAUAUGGAUCUCCCCUGAAAGGAAAUAAUUAGUAUAAGUUUCUCUAUUAAUUUACCUUAUUUCAUUUUAAAUCUAAUUGGUUAUGAAUUCCGUGUCAUAUUUAAAUUUAUAUAUUAUAUAUAACUAGUGGGCCCUAUGCGCUUCGCCGCAUGCAGUCUUAAAAUUCAAUGAAAAAUUCCUAGAAUUUGUUAUCCAUA